UGACCACCUCCCCACCUCCACCCCCUCCUUCCCUUCCCCCAAUCUUCCUCUACCCUUCCCUCCUCCUCCUCCUCCUCCUCCUCCAAUCAUCACUCCGAGCACUUAAUUCUUCUUUAUAAGAAGACAUCAUCUCUCUACUUUCUUGAUCCAUUGAUGGUUAUCCCUCCAAGCCUAACCCCCCAGGGCAGGAAAGAAUGGGCGCAUGCUUCUCCGCGGACACCAAAGUAAGCGGCGGCAUCGUGCCUACUCGCCUUAGGCCGAUAGGUCAGCCGCAGAAGCAUCAGCAACCGCAGCCAGAGCAGAAUAAUCAGGCACCGCGGGAGAAGCAACAGCAGAAUGACAGAGGCAAUAAGCGGCGGCCGUGCGGGCUUCUGUCGUGUGGCAAGAGGACCGAUUUUGGGUAUGCGAAGGAUUUCGAGAGCCGGUAUUCGAUCGGGAAGCUGCUUGGGCAUGGGCAGUUUGGGUAUACAUUUGUCGCCACCGAGAACUCCACCAAGGAGCGGGUGGCGGUGAAGAGGAUAGACAAGAGUAAGGCACUUGCCAAGGAUGUUCCUUGGAGAUUAAAGGGACCACGUGUUCUGGAGAUUCUUCAAGCUAUUGAUAGCAAUACCGACGGACUUGUUGACUUCACUGAAUUUGUUGCAGCAACUUUGCAUGUGCAUCAGAUGGAGGAACAUGAUUCUGAGAAAUGGCAUUUACGUUGUAAAGCUGCUUUUGAUAAAUUUGAUGUGGAUGGAGAUGGAUAUAUUACACCAGAGGAACUUAGAAUGCAUACAGGGUUGAGGGGUUCUAUCGAACCAUUACUAGAGGAAGCUGAUAUUGACAAAGACGGAAAGAUUAGCUUGUCUGAAUUCCGUAAGUUACUAAGAACUGCAAGCAUGAGUUCCAAUGUUCCUAGUCCAUCUGGUAUAAGGAAUCCUCAGAAGUUCUAACUCCCACUGGGUAGAGGAAAAAGAUUGGCAGGAGUCGUAAACAUUACCAUUUCUAUAAUGUUCUUGCCAAAAAUUCUGAGGCUCAUUAUCAAGAACCAUAUGAGAUGGUUUUCUUCUCAGCAUGGGUGAAGUCUUCAAGUUGCGAGUGAGAGAUGGAAGGAUCAUUGGUAAAAGGAACUGCAAGAAAGCAUUAAUGGCCGGAUGUAGUAAUUUCGUGUCUUGCAUGGUACAUUAUGUGCUUAAGUUGAAGGGUCUCCUCCAUCUUUCAUCAUGAAUGAAUGUGUUGUGUGUAUCCUAUUGCAAGUUGUUCCUACUGACAUUUAUCCAAAGGAGAAGCAACACGGGUGGAAUGUGAUUCGCCCACAAAUAAUUAUUUCUAAAGAGUUUAGCAGAUAAUGCAGAUGAUGGCUUGAUUGUAUUAUCAAAACUAGUGAAUGCAGACAAAAUAAUGAGCCUUAUCCAUCCAUCAAAA